UUUUAAGUGUUAGUUUGUUGCGAUGAAAAGCCUUGGAGAAGAGGUUUCUCCUUGCUUGAUUUCUCUGUAUAUAUCUAAUCUCUUUUUGCUCUUUCUUCGAAACAAUGUCAUAUCAACAACGUCUGCCUUCUCUUCUUCCUCCGUCUGAGUGGAUCCUUGAGCUGCUUCUUCUUCUUCUUUUGUGUGUUCCAUCGCUAGAACCAUGCCCACGUUUUCUGCUGCCACUUUGGAUAGAUCACUGAAGUCAGAAGAAAUCCCAAGCAUAUUGCACUCGAAGCCACCUAUUUCAAAUCCAGAGAACGAUCUUAAAGAAAAGACAUUCACUCGGCCUCAGAUGUCACCUUCUCUCUAUGCCACUCCUAAAGAAAUCCCUCGUCCCAAUUCGCCAUCUUCCUACCCUCCAUCUCCCUAUAUUAUCAAUCACAAAGCGCGCCGACCACUUCUUUCCAGAAGGGACUCUGAGGUGGAUGGGACUUCUCACUCGAAAACCCUUGCUGAGGAAAAGAUUGUAGAGGAGAAUACCACCUCUUUGAGGAAGGCCACAUCCCUAUCUUUUCCUAUCAGCAAUGCUACAGCAGUGGAUCACACCCAAGGCAUCCCUGAACGUCCCGUUUGGGAUUGCAGCCCCCCUCAUGAGAAAUUUUGGAGCGAUAAGUCGGGAAGAGAUAUCAGCAACGGUGAGAGUGGAAGCAAUAAUGCUUCCAAUACUUUAGAAUGGAAAAGUUAUUUGUUGGAGCCGGUAAGAACAAAAGCAGACAAGGAGCUUGAGUCUGAAAAUUUCUAUAACCAUGGUGAAUUAAUAAACUUCACAAGUAACACAGAGGUAGAAGAUGUUGGAGGAGCUGAAAGCUCACACAAACUCGCUGCACAUGUUGGAGAGUUUUAUGAUGCUUGUGAUGAACUUUCAACCGACAGUGGAAUGCUGAGUUCAGAUAACAACAUUAGAACUGAGCUGAGGGAGAUGAGGUUGGGCUUGCUAACAGAAAUCGAAAGGAGGAGGCAAGCAGAGGAAACUCUAGAGCAAAUGCAGGUUCAUUGGCAGAGGCUCCGUGAGCAGUUGGCCCAUGUGGGUCUGUUCCUUCCCCUUGAUCCUACCAGCAGCACAUACAGCAUGAACCUAGCAGAUGAGCUACAUUGUCAACUCGAGGUCACCAGGUUUGUCUCUGACUCACUAGGCAGUGACUUGGCCAAGGCAGAGGUUGAGAUGGAGAUGGAAGCUGAGCUCGAAGCUAAGAACUUUGAAAUUACCCGGUUGUCUGACCGUCUUCACUAUUACGAGACCGUGAACCAGGAAAUGUCCCAGCGCAACCAAGAGGCUAUAGAGGUGGCAAGGCGAGAAGGGGAAAAGAGAAAGAGGAGGCAGAGGUGGAUUUGGGGAUCGAUUGCUGCAACCAUCACACUCGGGAGUGGAGUCUUGGCUUGGUCGUACCUUCCUCCCGGAAUGUUAUCAUUGGAUGAAGCUCAACCCGAGCAGUCUCCAACAGAUUCAUGACAAGGGUGAAGCAAAGCUUCAGGCCUUGUGUAUAAAAAUAUGAAAAUGUUUUGGUUUUUAGCUUUUUAGAGAAUGUAUAGAACAUGAUGAGGACAUAACUCAGCUUCUUACAAUCGA